GUGGCCGGGGCGGGCGUCCCCGGAGCCGCGGCGCGGGGGGCCGAGCGGAGCUGAGCGGGGCCGAGCGGAGCCGAGCGGGGCCGAGCGGGCCGGGGGGCCGGGGGGCCGGGGCCGGGGGCGGCCAGCGCGGAGCCCCGCCGCCCUGCGCGCACAGCCGGCAGCCCGGGAGCGGCGGAUGCCCCGGCCGGAGCGCUCGGAGCCGCCGCGCCAGGCUCGCCCGGGUCCGCGGAGAGACAUGCCCGCGCCCGGCGCCGCAGCGACCGCCACUCGCCUGUGAGCCCGGAGGAACCAUGGUCAGCAAGGACACGGGGAGAUGUACACUGCCGUCCCCGGACAGCGAGGUGGAGCCCGCCGCCUGCCUGGCCCUGGAGAUGAGGUAUGCCCUGGACGCCAACCGUCAGGUCAAGCGGCGGAAUAAGGCCCUGCAGGUGCGCUUCAAGGACAUCUGUGACGCCCAGAGCGAGCAGAGGGACCCGCCGCCCCCGGGGGCCCCGCUGGGUGACAGGCGCGAGCCCAGGCCUCCCGCGUCCCACCGCGCCGCCUGCCGCAAGUACAUGACGGUGCCGGCCCGCAGGUCCAUCCCCAAUGUCACCAGGAGCACAGGCGUGCAGACCUCGCCCGACCUGAGGAAGUGCUACCCCACCUUCCCCCCAGACCACAAGCGGGGCAGCCUCAAAGGCCUCCGGGGCCAGGACAAUGGCCUGUCCGGGGACGGGGGCGGCGAGGACGGGCCCGGGGAGGAGGCGGCGCGGCCCUGGGGCCCUGCGGGCAGGCUGCACACCACCACCGCGCUGGUGGUCCACGCGCAGGACCACAUGGGCGAGCUGGAGCCCCUGAGCGGCCCCAACUGCACCGAGCCGGACCCCCAGGCCGAUGGCCACAGCUGCGGGGAGGACGUCCCGCCGCGGGAGCCCCCGGAUCCGCUGCCGGGGGCGUGCGGGCAGGACGGGGCCACCCCGGCCGCGGAGGAGCCCGGCCGCGGUGUGUUCGAGACGGAGGUGGUGGCCGCCCCUGCCGUUGGGGCCUCUGAGGGCUCCCUGCCCGGCUCGGCGGCCGCCAGCCAGUGGUCCCUGUGCCCGGCGGGGGAGGACGAGCAGAGGAGGGCCGCCCAGCUCAACGGGCUCCAGGGCCCCCAGGCCGCGGCCACCUGCUCACCCCCCAUGCAGUGCCUGUCCCCCGAGUGGAGCCAGCGGCCCCUCCAGACUCGAGCCGGCCCCGGGGAGGAUGGCCAGCCCUGCCCGGAGGAGGCAGGGGCGGCCGGGGCGGCCGAAUGCCAACAAAUCGUGCCUCACACGGAGGUGGUGGGCCUCAAGGCGCAGCUGCAGGCCAUGGAGAGCCUCAUCAGCUCCAGCCAGGAGACCAUUAAGGUGCUCCUGGAGGUCAUCCAGGAGCUGGAGAAGGGCGAGGCCCACCGUGAAGGGCUCUCGUACCGGACGGGGCAAGACACGGCGAACUGUGACACGUGCAGGAACAGUGCCUGUAUCAUCUACAGCGUGGAGCUAGACUUCAAGCAACAAGAAGACAAACUCCAGCCCGUUCUGAGGAAACUCCAUCCCUUUGAGGGAACUCAGGUCGCACCUACGCCUUACUCUCAGGAGACGCCCUCCACCACCACACCCAAGCAGAAAUCCAAAACUGAGUCUAAAAAGCACGGAAGAUGGAAACUCUGGUUCCUCUGAUGCUCACGGCGUCUGGAGCCGCGAGGCGGCCUUGCCAACCCACCUGGAGGCAGGUGCCUCUUUCCCCGGCCAAGGCAGAGGGCACAGACGCUGGCGGACACAGGGGCCCCCCACCCCUGCUCACCUGAUUACCAAAAAAGGCCUUUGUACUAACAGGGACUGGAUGGGAGCGAGAGGCUCCAGGCGCCACACCUGGCCAGCCGCUGUGUGGGGAUCUACACCUUGAGAGGAACCUUUGGAAGGAAAGCAGUGCGGUCCGGAGGGUCCGUAAGGAUCCAGGCCUCCCUACCUGCGUUGGGGAGCUCCAGGCCCCCACCAUCCACAGGGCCGGCUGCCUGCCUGCUCAACUCACAGCUCCAGCUCAUGAUCUUGUCUGAGC